AUGGGUCCCGAAGAGGAGCUCGCCAUACGCCAAGCCGUGCAAGAGGCCUCUGCAUCCUGGGUAUCUCAGCUACAGGAAGUCCUGAAGCAGGCCGUCGGCGAUGCCUUGCGCGAAGCUUUGCCGACGGAGCUGCGCAAGGCCCUGUCGCCAGAGCUGGCCACGCUGAGGGAGGAGCUGCGGAGCCACGUCUCUUUGGCUUCGCCUCCCUCGCCUUCAGGCGCACACAAAAUGGAAAACCUCCAGAACAUCACAAGCUUGCGUCGGCGCAGCUCCAUGCUUCCUUCUGCCAAGCUCAUCGCCGCCUUUCAGCCGAAGGGACACGGGCCGGGGAUGCAGAAGGUACGGACGGGAUCCGUGUCGAAUGUCGACAGCUUAGACGUGGAGCCGACUCGGUCCAUCCCGGUGAGACAUUCCCGCACAGAAUCGAUCCCCAAGGCCAAGUUGGAGAGUAUUCUUGCGGGACGUUUGAAGUCGACUGAAGACAACACGACAGAGCCUUUGCCGGCCCCACACUCGGCAAGUCCUGUGCCCGUAGAUCUCAGUCUCCAGGAAGCACCUAUUCUGGAGCAAGCCAGCGAAGACUACAUGCAGAUCGACAGAAGCGGAAGCGGACUUGAUAUGAGCGAAAGGUCUAAGGAAGAUGAGGAGGACGAGGAGGCGGAGGGGAGCGUAGACACCUUGGCGAUGGCACCAGGCCAACCCGGGACACUUCGGAAUCCGAGUAUGUCGAUCCUUCCAGAUUUCCUGGACACGCCACGGUUACGGUUGCAGGAGCAGCAAGGCACGCCACGGAAAGACUGGAGGCAGACUCUCCGAAACCUCCUGAUGCCCUUCAAGGCGCCUGCCCAGGAGCCUCCUCGCGAGGCGAGCAAGGUGAGGGGGCUUCUUCUCAAGAAGCAUGACGUGGAGGUGAAGGGAAGGCCCGGACGACGUGGUGCGGUCGUCCUGCGUGAGGCAGAUGUCGUGCGGGUUCGGCACAGACGGUUCCCUUUCUCUCAGUGGUCCUGGCCCUUCGCUGAUCCGGGGGGUCGGCCGAGACAGUACUGGGAAAUCUUCGCAUGCACCUUGCUAUUGUUGCAGCUUCUGUACCUCUGCUUCCAGGCUGGCUUCAUUACCUUGGAAGACUACCGGGCCCAAGGUCACUGGGAGCUCAAGAUGAGCUUGCUUGUUGUGGACAUCUUUUGGGUCAUCGAUCUGGGUAUCAACUUUACCACCGGCUACAGAGAUGUUACGCAUGUCCUCCACAGCAGUGCCCGCUCCAACGCCUGGCGCUACCUCCGGGGCGGCUUCGCUUUGGACCUGCUCGCCACCCUGCCCUCGCUUCUCCUGCACGUGCUGCUGGUGAUCGACCCACAGGCUUACGGCUUCUGGCCGCUCAGGAUGAUGGGCUUAUCUCCUCUGCUGCGCAGCUUCCGAAUUCGGGGGGCCUACACCUUACUCAAACGGCUGGAAGCCAACAUGAAGUCUUCGGUGGUUUCGUCCGCAUGGUGGCUCUGUCAGCUCUUCAUGCUUCCACUCGUCUUCUCGCACCUCUCCGCCUGUGCCUUAUGGUCCCUCGGCUACAGCAACUUGGAAGCUGACGCGGAGACCUCCAGCUGGAUUAAGCUGGGCCUGGAUAUCUCCAACGAGCCCGGUGCGCUGCAAGCCGUUCCUUUAGGAGAACGCUACACCACGGCCAUGUACUUUGCGAUCACGGUGAUGUCCACUGUCGGACUGGGAGACAUCAACAUGAGCCUGUCCAACGAAAGGGCCCUGCUGUGCGUCAUCAUGGCCACAACCAGCUUGGUUGUGGGUGUCGCAGUGAAUGGAGUCGCGACGAUCGUGUCCAAGCUCAGCGAGCGGACAGCAGCGAACAUGGAACAGCUGGCACAGGUCUCGAAGUUCUUGAAGGUCUACAGAGUUCCCAGGGAGCUGCAGUCACGGGUUCACGAUUAUUUACUGCAAGUCUUCGAGAAUCGGGAGCGCGAAGAGACCAAGUCCAUGCUGAUGGGCUGGCUGAAGAAGUCAGAAGUACUUCGGACGAAAGUGAACUUGGCUUUAACAGGAACUUGCUUGGUACAGCACCGCUGGUUGAAGCUACUUCCGCCUGAAGUUCUGGCAAAUGUCUGUGACCUCUGUGACACGGAGUUUCAUCCUCCACAGCAAGAGCUCAUCGCCGAGGGUGCUAUGGUGAAGAGCUGCUUCUACAUCCGAAGUGGCUUGGUGCAAACCCGCAAUCGAGUCGGGGGGCAAGCAUGGGCAGCCACCUCCAGCGAUGAUACCGAGGAGAGCGAUGAGAUCCAGAAGGAAAUCGAGGCGGCUGAUGCAGCAAGUCCCGAUGCGAGGCUGCAAGGAGGGGCCUUCAUCGGAGAGUUUCGGCUCUUCUUGGGAGUGAGCCGAAGCUUGAAGACGGUUACGUGCCUUUCCUUUUGCGAGCUCAUCUCCAUCGACGUGUCCAAGUUCGAGUCCUUGAUGAGCGAAGCGAUGCCCGAGCUCUUUGACAUACUUGUGAUCUACGCUGCAAUCGACCACGAUUGUCCCAAGGCCAUGCUCCACUGCCUGGAGCAGAACGGCAUUUCUCCGGAGAUGCCCCUGCUCUUCGGUGAGGGUGUGCUUCACCACUGCGCCAAGGUGAACGCCGCAGCUUGCGCUGAGCAUCUCAUGGAGGACCUUGACCAAGACGCAGCCCAGGCCCGGGAUCAAGAUGGCAGGACGCCAGCACAGGUGGCCGCAGCCCUAAAGCACAAGAAGACCUUCUGGGCAAUGAUCCAAGGCAGUGGGAGAACCAGCGUAACAGAUGUCGACGUGCUACCCAGAGAGGCACGAACGGCUCGUGCCAAGAACAGCCAAACGAUUGCGCUGGCACCCUCGGCAUGGACGGAUCGAGACGAGGAGCCGUACACAAUGGCAAGGGUCCAGCAGCUCUUUGCUACCUGCAACCGAAAUGGCCUCGCUGCUUCGACGGGAGAGAGCUCCAAGGACAUGGAGGAUUUGGUGGAAGAGCUGAACACCUGUCAGAGUGAUCUUCUUGUCAUGAAUGUCCGGGGCGGGAUGCAACAAACGCUGCUGCGGCGGGUGAGGUUAGUGAGGCUUCGCUUGCUGGCUGUCAUCGACGACAACGUGCAUGCAUUGGUGGAGCUUACUUCGGACGCAUGGCUGAGGGCACGGGAUCAGAAGUUAGGGAAGCUCCCCUACCGGCGCAUGCGGAAGCGCGAGACGGAGGAGGAAGCUACGAAGAACCUGAUGCAAGAGCUGGGCAUCUCGGUGUUUUUAUUCGAAGAGGAGCUCAUAGUGCCCAUCGCGAAGUCAUGCUAUGCCGAGACGAGGACGUCCAUGUCGUACCCAGGCUUGGAGACUGAAUAUGUUGUCUACGAGUCGACAUGGAAGGUCCGCGCGCAGGCCUUACACCGGACAGAGGAGAUUGGUCUACCGAACGGGCGGCCCUUCCAAAAGGAGUUCUGCACGGAUGCUUUCCGCGUGGUCACCAGGCAGCUCUUUUGGCCGGUCCUCCUCAACUUCACUCUCAACGAAAAGCAUGCUGAUGAAAGGGGUGGAGAGACCAGCUGGGCUUUGAAGGGGAUCUUUGGAAAACAGGCGCUGUCAGCACCUUCUUCACCAAUUAUGUAG